UGUCGCUUUAAGGGCCGCGGGCCGCCGUCCCGUGGUGCAUUGCGGCAGGCGCGCGCAGGGAGCGUGGCGGCUACCCGCGCGCUUGGUGCUGCUGCCACCGCCUCGCUUCGAAGUUGGUGCCGGGCGCGAUGCGGCGCUGAGGGGGCCGCGGCCGCCGCCCGGGCAGAGGGGCUGCGCCGCCCUCCUCGCUGCCGGGGCGCGCUGCCGUCUCCCAGCCGCGCUCUCCGGCCGUUCCCGCCGCUGCCGCCGCCAUGUCUGCGGGCUUUUCCUUCGGAGCGGGGACGCUGGGCUCCGCGGCCGCCGCCGCCGCCGGGGCGGGAGGAGGAGGAGGUGGGGGCGGCGGUUUCUCCUUCGGAGCCGCCACGCCGAGCUCAACAGGAGGACUUAAUUUUGGAACUCUGGGAUCUUCCACUGCUACAGCAACUACGUCAGCUCCUUCGGUGGGCUUUGGGAGUGGACUUUUUGGAUCAAAAUCAACUACUGGCUUUACACUGGGAGGUACCAGUACAGCAGGAACGGCAACAACUAUUGCUACAGGAUUGACACUAGGCACUCCUGCUACCACAUCAGCAGCUACCACAGGCUUUAGUUUAGGCUUCAACAAACCUGCGGGUUCAGCUACACCAUUCGCUUUACCUAUUACUUCUACCUCAGCAGGGGGCCUCUCGCUGUCAUCUGCUCUCACAUCGACUCCUGCAGCAGGUACUACUGGUUUUACACUAAAUUUGGGUGGUACAGCUGCUCCAACCACAACUGCCUCCACAGGCCUUUCCUUAGGAGGAACCUUAGCUGGUUUGGGAGGUUCACUUUUCCAGAAUACAAGCACAGCAGCAACAGGACUUGGGCAGAAUGAUUUGAGUUUGACGCUGGGGUCAACUGCAGCUCCUUCAACUACUGUUAAUGAAGGUCUUGGUGGCAUUGAUUUUAGUAGCUCUUCAGACAAAAAGAAUGACAAAACGGGAACAAGACCAGAAGAUAGUAAAGCGCUAAAGGAUGAAAAUCUACCUCCAGUAAUCUGUCAAGAUGUAGAAAAUCUACAGAAAUUUGUGAAAGAACAAAAACAAGUCCAGGAAGAAAUUAGUAGAAUGUCCUCUAAAGCAAUGCUUAAAGUACAGGAAGAUAUUAAAGCUUUGAAACAACUUCUGUCUGUAGUUGCCAGUGGAUUACAGAGAAACACUCUUAAUAUUGACAAGCUGAAAAUGGAAACCGCACAGGAGCUAAAGAAUGCAGAAAUAGCGUUAAGAACACAGAAAACUCCUCCUGGUCUUCAGCAUGAAAAUACAGCUCCAGCAGACUACUUCAGAAUCUUGGUUGAGCAGUUUGAAAUACAGCUGCAACAGUACAGGCAACAAAUAGAAGAACUGGAAAAUCAUCUUGCUACUCAAGCAAACAAUUCACACAUAACUCCACAAGACUUGUCUAUGGCUAUGCAGAAAAUCUAUCAAACAUUUGUAGCUUUAGCUGCACAACUUCAAUCAAUACAUGAAAAUGUAAAGAUGCUCAAAGACCAAUACCUUGGCUACAGGAAAACCUUUCUGGGAGAUGCCAUGGAUGUGUUUGAGGCAAGACGAACGGAAGCUAAGAAGUGGCAGAGCGCGCCACGUGCUACCAGUGGACCGAUCCCUUUCAGCAACAUACCAAAUGCAGCAGCUGCUGCGAUGGCUGCAACACUUACUCAGCAGCAGCAGCCUGCUACAGGGCCACAGCCAUCUCUGGGAGUUAGUUUUGGAACGCCAUUCGGCUCAGGUAUUGGCACUGGCUUGCAAUCAAGUGGCUUAGGUUCUUCAAGCCUUGGAGGAUUUGGAAGUAGCUCUGCCUUUGGAAGUAGUGCCACAGGUGCAUCAUCAUUUGGAUUUGGAACUACAAGUAAACCAUCAGGAAGUCUAAGUGCAGGCUUUGGCAGCUCGACUACAUCUGGGUUUAACUUCAGCAAUCCUGGCAUCACAGCAUCGGCUGGCCUGACGUUUGGGGUUUCUAAUCCUGCAUCUGCAGGCUUUGGGACAGGAGGGCAACUUCUUCAGCUGAAGAAACCCCCAGCUGGCAACAAGAGAGGGAAAAGAUAGGCACCUUUUUAGGGAGAGAAGUGAAUCAACUUUGUUCAUCUGUAAAGUCUAUUUUUCUAGAUUUGAUGCAUUAAUUAAAUUGCAUCCCAUGAGAUUUAUAAAAAUUUUGCUACUUUUCCCUAGUCUGAAAUAUGAAAUGUAAUCAUAUUGAACAGCUAUUUUCCUGUGAAUAGAUACCCAUUUAUGUAUUUUUAUUUUUGGCCCUAGUUUUAGAAAUGUUCUAUACUGCAUUAUUAAAGAAUCUUGUAAAACCUUGUAAAACCAUCUAUUUAACCUAAUGCUAGUAGCAGAAUAUUUUUUGUUAAUAAGCUUUAUACCAUAUGAAUAUAUGCAUAUUUGUUUUUGUACAGAUAGAAUAUAUUCUAGUACAAAUACUAGAGUUCAUAUCUUCUGUUCUUGGAUAUGGCCUUUAAAUCUACUUCAGGGUGGUUUUGUGUAUAUGGAUGUAAAUAUAUACAGUACAGUGCACACAUCUGUGUGUGUAUGUAUGUGUAUAUAUAUAUAAUGUAUAAAAUAAAAACAUGUGCAAACCUUGCCCCAUAGACAGGUCUCCUUUUCUUUGUGUUCACUUUCUCCAUGUUGUUCUGUGGUCCUGCAUCUUGAUGUUCCUAGGAGUUUCAAAUAGUGGGUCCCAGGCUGUGUUAUCACUGCAUCUUGUUGUUUAAGACCAGUUGAAAUACGAUGUUUACUAUGUCAUUAACUUUGGUAAAUAGUGCUUAGUAGCCCUCCUUCUCCCCUCAUCACUUUUUCUUUAUCCAUUUAGCAGCCAGACACAGACAUUUCCCAAGUAAUAUUCCUAAACUGCUUGAUUUUUGUCUUUAUCCUCUGCUUAAGAGCAGGGUGUUGCUGCAUUUCAGCUGAAAGCUCAGGAUCCCCCAAGAUCUGUUUGCAAGCAGAGAGCUGUCAAGCUUGAUGCGCUUCUCUGCAAUUUGGGGGGGGGGGGUGGAAAUAGGCUAUACUAUUCUAAUGAAAAGCUCGGUUAACUGUUACAAAACAAGAGCUGAUUCACUAGCUUCUAGUCAGUGCUACUAGCAUUGACUUAAAAGCAGCUGCAUAUCAGCCCCUAAUAUGAGGUAUACUACAGUAAGUUACUGCUAAAGAAUACAGGAAGAUGAUGUAAUUUGAAGGUUAAGCUAUUGUGACAGUAGAGCAUGAAUCUUACUACAUCUUAGCUUGUUGUGCUGCAUUUUCAGUUCAGUGUGCAUUUGAGAUAGCUGGAAAACAUCUUGGGGAAAUGCUGCCUUAUGUGAGAUAAAUAAUAGAUCAGUUGAAUCUUUGCAAAUAAAGAUACCAGUUGGAGUGUGAACAUAGAAUUUGAGCUGAGUGUUGAUUUUAUGUAGAAGAUGCUUUGUAUAGAACAUGCAUCAAAUGAAUAUUCACAAUCAUUUUCACAGAAGUACCUUCUUUUCUAAAAGCAGUUAUAGUGCAUAACUUUUUUUCUAGUACCAAGUCGGUUGCUUUCUAUUGUUAGUGUUGUUACUACCAUUUUAGAUGUUCCAGUAGUGAUGUCUGCAUUCAACAAUGAUUGCCCUUUGACAAAUAUGCAUUUUGGUCACUUAAUCUGGUAAGAAGUAAGGGAAACUGAGCACAGAAUUCUUUACUUUUUGUACACUUGUAUGUUUUUGCAUCUUUGUGAACGUUCUCUUAGGAAGGAAUAUGUGUGGGUUUUUUUAUGACUAAGAAAAUUAAAAGUUCACAGUUUAUUUUGAUUUCAGCCUUUUUUUCUUUUAACUUCCAUUGGGCUGCAGUCAAGACCCUACUGUUUGUAUUUUUAAUGCUUUUUUAAUAGUUAAUAUGUUAAACCACUGGACUUUCUUGUAAUGUAUUAAUUUGUGAAACUAAUUCUAAAUGUGUACUGUUUUUCCACAUGUGCAACUUAUCAUUGUGCAAACAAUAAAAAAUUAAUGCUGUGAUCCUUGUAAUACA